AUGGAACUAGCAGGAGAAAAUCCGAAUUAUUUGAUGCUCAGAGCAGCGAACGAGACAACUCAAAACAAGAAAAGAAAGGAGUUGGUAAGAUGUACAUUCGAUAAUAAAUCCCUCCAACUUGUUGUUAACUCAAAUAUUCGUUUCGAAAUAUCUAAUAAACAAAAUGAAGGGAUGAUGAGUGAAUUACUAUUAUCUGCUAACAAAGAUAAGGUAGACGUGCAUUUGGACAAUAAUCUGGUAAAGCCUUUUGGUGUGUAUAUGAAUUACUUGACCAAAAAAUUUCCAAUGUGUAAAGGUGAAGGUAUUGGGUAUGCAUCUUAUAUUACUCUGUCACUUCUCCGUUUUGGUGUUUCUAUUCAAAAUGCAUUAAAAGAAGGAGAGAAGCUACUCAAUGACAAAACACAAACUGAGAGUGACAAACAUAAAGCAAUUCUUAUUCGAAUAAUUCCCAACUUAUCAUUUGAAAUUAUAGAAGUGAUGAAGGUGUUUAAUGACAAAGAGCAAUUAAGUUGUUUCGAAGAACUUUUAACUGAACACACCGAGAACAAUAAAGUUGUUGAAUCAUUUCUCUUUUGGUUAAAACAAAGAAAACACAAAAGCUUUUCCCCAGAAAGAAGAUCAGUCCAUAAAACAUUACCUCCAUCAGUUUUCAAACAACCCAAAAAGUGGGAACAAGAAAGAAAUGCAAUAUCUGGUGGAAGUUCACCGGUACCAUUUUGUCGAGUGAAAUCAAAAUCACAAAUGUUUCUAUCAAGUGAAAUAUCAGCUAAAUUGAUUGAUAGAGUUGACUAUACGACUAAAGUGUAUACAUUAACAGACAAACAAAAUGAUUGUAUAAUUACACUACAAGCAGCUUCAAAAACAUUUAUUGUUAAAAACAAAUUCAACUUUAAGAAAAUGCAACAAAGGAGAGAUACAAUAAAGA